UAUGAGAAGAAGAACAAUUACUCCAAUAUUCCCACCACCAGGAUACAACUUAACUAUUCCAGAUUGGCCAGUUGAAUAGUUUAUGUUAAGAAUAGGAAAAGGAUGUUCAGAUUAUGCAGAUAAAUUUGAAAAAUUGACUGAAGUAUUUGAAGCAGAUAGAGUACAUUGUUAUUUAUAUAUAGUUUUAAAUGAAAGAGAAAGGUAUACCUCCAAAGGUGAGAAAAUAUAUAUUUUCAAUCAAAGAGUAAUUACGUAGAGGAGUACUUACAUUUGAAUAUUUAGAAAGGAGAACAUCAGUCACAAUACCUAAAAAAAAGGCAACAAAAAAAUGAGUUU